GGCAGCGCUCAUGUGUGACGCUAAAGAUAUGCGCAGGGACAUUCGCUCACACGUGUUGUUUUCAUGAGUUUGGAUCAGUCGUGACUUUUCUGCAUCAGUUCAGUUUUAACCCACCGAUUCCAAGAUGGGGAAGAAGUCAAAAGUCGGAAAGACGAGGAAAGAUAAAUUCUACCAUCUUGCAAAAGAAACAGGUUAUCGAUCUCGGUCUUCCUUCAAACUCAUCCAGUUAAACCGUAAAUUCCAGUUUCUGCAAAAAGCGAGAGCUUUGGUGGAUCUAUGUGCUGCUCCUGGAGGAUGGUUACAGGUAGCAUCUAAGUUUAUGCCUGUUUCAAGUCUGAUCAUUGGUGUGGACUUGGUCCCCAUUAAACCCAUUCCUAGCGUGGUGACUCUGCAAGAAGACAUCACAACAGAAAAAUGCCGACAGGCUCUUCGCAAGGAGCUUCAAACUUGGAAAGCAGACGUGGUGUUAAACGACGGAGCUCCAAACGUGGGAACCAAUUGGCAACAUGAUGCCUUUUCUCAGGCUCAUCUGACCCUCAUGGCUUUGAAGUUGGCCUGUGAGUUUCUGACCAAAGGGGGCACUUUCAUCACUAAAGUUUUCCGCUCCAAAGAUUAUCAACCUCUUCUUUGGAUCUUCCAGCAGUUUUUCAAAAAGGUGCAGGCCACCAAGCCUCAAGCAUCCAGAAAUGAGUCGGCAGAAAUCUUUGUUGUCUGCCAAGGUUAUGUUGCCCCUGACAAAAUCGACAAUAAGUUUUUUGACCCCAAGCAUGCCUUCAAAGAGGUGGAAGUACAGGCUAAGACUGUGAAGGAGCUGGUUCCUGUCAAGAAGCCAAAGGCGGAGGGAUACACGGAUGGCGAUUUGACACUUUAUCAUUCUUUUACUGUGACCGCCUUUCUGAAGGCCGAAAACCCCGUCGACUUUCUGGGAAAAGCCAGCGAGAUCAAAUUCGAUAAUCCACACCUGGAAUCCCACUCUGCGACCACCGAUGAAAUAAAGGAGUGCUGUCGGGAUAUCAAAGUUCUGGGACGCAAAGAGCUCCGUCUGCUGCUGAGCUGGAGGGCAAAGCUUCGAAGAUAUUUGGCAAAGAAGCUGAAGGAGGAGGCCAAACAACUCGACCAGGAGAUCAGUUUAAGCUCAGAUGAGGAAGGCAUGGACUCGGAAGACGAACCUCAGACGAAAAAGGAGGAAAAUGAGGAUGAUGAUGAGGAGGAAGAAAUGGAUAGAAAGCUGGCAGACCUGAAAGCUCAGGAGGUGGCAGAGCUCAAACGGAAGAAGAGGAAGCUACUGAAGGAGAGGAGGAAGCAGAGGGAGAGAGUGGAGCUGAAGAUGGACCUACCAGGGGUCUCUAUCGCUAGCAACACAGACUCGUCCCUGUUUUCCUUGUCUUCUCUGAAGAAGCAGCAGGUGCUGACUGACAUCUCCAAGGGAGACAUGGAGGCUGCAGGCGAUCUAGGCGAUGGAGAAGAUGACAUCCACCUUUCAGAUCCGGAAGAUGAUGCAGAUGAGAUUUCCCUGGCAUCUGAUUUAGAUGAAGAGGAUUUAGAAGAAGUGGAUCAGAGACAGAAAGAACUGAAAAAGAAAGCACCAAAGAAAGUGAAGUUCCCAGAGGAACCCGAGGAGGAAGAGGAGCAGGACGGUGGCUUGCUGGUUGAACUGGAAGGAAAGGAUGAAAAGAUGGAGCAUGAGACGAACCUGUGGUUCAGCAAGGGCAUUUUUUCAGAAAUUGACCUUGAAGCGGAUGCAGAGAGUGAGCUCAAACAGACGGAGUUGCUCCAAAGCAAACAGUCAGGAAAAGGAAAAAAGAGGAAAGCUGAAGAAGAGUACAAUGAAAAAGAAGAUGAGGAAGAAGACGAAGAGGAAGCUGCUCAUGCAGGUGUGGAAACUCCAGGACCUUCCCAGGAAGCUGCAGAGGACAGCGACUCUGAUGACAGCAGCGAGGAUGAAAAUGAGAUAAUAAGAAUGAAGGGAGCCAGGGGGCCUGGUGGGGCAUCAGCAGACGCUGAAGGUGAAGACUUCCAGGUUGUUCCUGUUGAAAGCACCAGUAAGAAAGCCCGGAUCCUGAACGCAGAGGGCCUGGCCAUCGGCUGUGAGAUUGCCACAUCAAAGAAGAGAGCCAGGGACCUGGUGGACAACUCUUUCCACAGGUUUGCCUGCUCUGACGAGCCCUGGGAAGUUCCCGAGUGGUUCCUGGAUGAUGAACGUAAACACAGAAAAAAGCCUGUGCCUGUCACCAAGGAGAUGCUGGAGGAAUACAAACAGAAAUGGAAAGAGAUCAAUGCCCGGCCAAUCAAACGUGUGGCUGAAGCUAAGGCCAGGAAGAAGAGGAGGAUUUUGAAGAAGAUGGAGCAAGCCAAGAAGAAGGCAGAGGCUGUCGUCAACACUGCCGACAUCUCAGAAAGAGAGAAGGUAGCUCAGCUGAAGAGUAUCUACAAAAAAGCUGGCCUGAAAAAGGAAAAGAGAGAAGUGACGUACGUAGUCGCCAAAAAAGGAGUUGGGAAGAAGGUUAGACGGCCUCGUGGAGUGAAGGGACUCUUCAAAGUGGUGGAUGGACGCAUGAAAAAGGAUAUGCGGGGGGUGCAGAGGAAGGAACAGCGAACGAAAGGAGGAAAAGGAAGGCAGUCCAAGGGGGGUAAAGGGAAGAGAGGAAAAUAAAUAUGAACUAAUUCAAUUUUGCUGAUCGGGAUCAAGCAGAGCAGCUUGAGUUAAUUUCUUAAAUACAUAAAGUGAUUAAAGUGUAUUUAAGCCGUGGGGACUUUGGACCUGUCCUGGUGGCGUCGAUGCUGGUGCUUCCUGUACAUCUUUCUAAAGAUGCUGUUUUUUCUCACAGACCUGUAACUCUGUACUAACAGUAUAUGUACUCCUAAUGUUUUGUAAAUAUUAACUGGACAAAACCAAAAAGUUUUUUUUGUUUUGUUUUUUCUUCAGAAAGAUCUUUAAGUUUAAACAGUUUAUUCAAAAGUUUUGAAAAGUAUGAAAGUUAUAGUGCUGCCUCGCAGGGUUUUAUUGAACAACUUGAUUCAUUGCAGUGAAGCAAGAAACGUCCGUUUAUGGAGUAGCUCCAAAAUCACACUGACCUUGAACUGCACAUACACAUUGCUGAAGUUUAAGGGAUAGCUCAUCUGA